AUGUCGGUCUCGGAGAAAGAUCCUAUAACCAAAUCCGCGUCCGUAACCCAUACCAAUAUGGUCUCUCACUCUCACAAGCCCAGCGAGGCUACCCUCGUCGAUGGCGAAACUUCCAUUGAGAGAAUACUCAAGCCAGCUCCUGUGGCACGAGUGGUCUCUCACUCUGCAAGGCCAAGUGAAGUUACUCUCAUCGAUGGCGAAUUCCCAUUUUUGUUCGAAAAGACGGUGGCGGAGAAGACAUCGCCCGGUCUCGACUAUCACGGACAGGUCGACCUCGAGGCCCAAACGCCUCUACCAGAGCCCAAGCGAUUAGCUUGGCUGCGGUAUGCCAUCAUGACCAUUUAUAGACGGCUGUUUAGUCUUGUUUUCCUGGCCAACGUUGGCGUAUUUGUGUAUGUGAUGGUCUCCAACCGCAAGCUCACUGCUUUGGUAAAUGCGACUGCCGCCAAUCUGCUGGCUUGCGGUCUGGCCCGCCAGCCUCUUGUGGUGAACACGAUCUUCCGAGUCGUACUCUCAGUGCCAAGGUCAGCACCGUACGCUCUGCGCAAAUGGUUGUCCAAGGUGUAUCACUAUGGUGGCGUGCAUAGCGGCUGCGGUAUCACGGCCCUGGUGUGGUACAUUGGCUUUGUCGGUCUGAUGUCGCAACAGUACUGGUCACCGUCAGCUGCCAUCAAAUUCUCAGCCGCGCCCGUCACCGUCGCUUACAUCAUUCUUGUUCUGUUGAUGACGAUCGCCGUUGUGGCACACCCCACGUUCCGCAUGAAGUGGCAUGAUUAUUUCGAACUCACCCACCGUUUUCUCGGGUGGCUUGUCAUUGGACUGUUUGUAGUUCUUUUGAUGCUCUUUGCCCAUGAGAUCAGCCGAGCAGAGAACCAAUCGUUGGGUCGCUUCAUCGUCGAGCUUCCAGCCUUUUGGUUUUUGAUGGUCACGGUUGCGGCCAUUGUUCACCCGUGGUUGCUGCUGCGGAAAGUCGCGGUGCGGGCCGAGACCCUUUCGACCCACGCGGUACGCCUGCAUUUCGACCACACCACCACCACCUUUGGCAAGGGCAUCUCCCUGUCGAAGCACCCGCUGCGAGACUGGCAUGGAUUUGCCACUUUCCCCGACCCUACUCCGGCGGGUGAGAAUGGAAAGCCAACGUUCUCGUGUUUGAUAUCCAAGGCCGGCGACUGGACCACCGAGAUAAUCAAGAACCCUCCCACACAUGUGUAUAAGCGUGGAGUGCUGAUCUAUGGCUUCGCAUAUGCCAUGAGGGUCUUCAAGCGCGUGGUCGUGGUCACGACGGGGUCAGGCAUCGGGCCAUGUCUCUCGUUCUUGGGCGACGACAACCGACCAGCCCUCCGCGUUCUCUGGCAGACGCGGGCGCCGCUCAAGACAUACGGUCAGGGUGUGUUAGACCUCGUGCACCGGAUGGAUGCCAACCCAAUCAUCAUGGACACCAACCUGAUGGGACGCGUCGACAUGGUGCCCAUCGUGCAGCGGCAGGUCCAGGAGUUCGAUGCGGAAGCGGUGUGCGUGAUAAGUAACCCUGUGCUGACAGCGAGGAUUGUGUAUGAGCUCGAGUCACGAGGGAUCCCGGCGUUUGGUCCGAUUUUCGAUUCCUGA